AUGAGUCAACCGCCGAGACGCUCUAGCUUCGGGAUGUUGCUUCGUCGCAGUAAGUCUGGCGACCUGGGCAAGGGGGGAAGGAAGCAGCAGAGAGACCAGCAUAGAGAGCCCGUCCCUAAAUCCCCCCCUCGCUUGCCCGCCCUCUACAAUGGUGCUCAACCUCAACCACUACAGAGCUUUGGAGGCGACAACAGACCCGACUCCCUCGCCAUUGUUUCUGGCACUGCCGACCACUCCUUUCACCGCUACCCACCUCGUGCCUCCAUCGACCCCGAACGUCCCUCAAUGUCUUCCAGCGUCGCCAACCCACCCGUGCCGCCUAUUCCCAGCGGCAACUGGGUCGAUCCCUACGCUCGCACCGAGAGCAUGACGCACCGUGGCCGCUACAGCUAUGCGAGCAGUGCCAUCAGCACCAUCAACAGCCCUAGAAGGGUUCGUAGGAGGAAGGACCCCACACCUUUCAACAUCCUGAUCAUUGGCACCAAUGGGUCUGGAAAGACCUCAUUCCUGGAAUUCCUCAAGACGUCCCUGGCUCUGCCGGCCAAGAAGAAGUCCCAGCGGACGACUGAAAUCGAACAGGAAGUCGCCAGAGCAACCCCCUCGGGCAACUUCAUACCACACUACCUGGAGAGCGAGAUGGAUGGCGAGCGUGUCGGCCUGACACUCUGGGACUCGGAGGGCCUCGUGAAGAACAUGGUGGACCUCCAGCUUCGAGAGAUGUCGUCUUUUGUGGAAAGCAAGUUCGAGGAGACGUUUGCCGAAGAAAGGAAGGUGAUUCGAUCGCCGGGCGUUCAGGAUACGCACAUCCAUGCAGUCUUCCUUGUCCUCGAUCCAGCUCGUCUCGACCGGAACAUUGCCGCUGCAAAGAGCUCUUCUGCUAAUGGCCACCACGGAAGACAUGCGCAAGACCUUGGACGUAUUAUAGGUGGCCUAGAUGAAGACCUGGACCUGCAGGUCAUGCGCACACUGCAAGGCAAAACCACGGUCAUCCCGGUCAUUUCCAAGGCUGAUACCAUCACUACUGCUCACAUGGCCGUCCUCAAGAAGACUGUCUGGUCCAGCCUUAAGAAGGCAAAUUUCGAUCCCCUUGAGGCGCUGGGCCUAGACGAUGACGACGACGAUGCUACGCCGGAUUCUAGCAGGAUCGACGAAGCUGAGGAGGGUGACGAGAACGACGAGGCAGUCGAGUCGGACGCAGAGGAAGAGAAGUUGGCAAAGUCGACUGACGCUUCCGACGAUGCCGACGCUAGUCCCGAAGAUGAAGAUCUGCCAAUUCAGGGCCGGACGUCCGCAAGCACAAAGCGUAAAUCGAAUAACUCUGUCCGCCGGCCGAAGCCAUCCGAGGAGGAUGAAAGCGACGAACUCCCAAUCCUUCCCAUGUCCAUCAUCAGCCCUGACCUCUACGAACCGGCUGUCAUUGGCCGCAAAUUCCCCUGGGGUUUCGCAGAUCCGUACGAUCCGGAGCACUGCGACUUCACCCGGCUGCGGGAGGCUGUGUUUAGUGAAUGGCGCGGUGAACUACGCGUGGCCAGCAAAGAACAGUGGUACGAGGGUUGGAGAACCAGUCGUCUCAAGCACCGGGAGCCUUCGACUCGACGUCGAUAG